AUGAAGGCAGCACCAGUUUCAGCGGCUGAGAAGAAAUCAGUCAAGGAAAAGAAAGAAAAGGUUCCCAAAGAGAAGAAACCUAAAUAUGAUAAAGCUUCUCAUCCUACUUACUUUCAGAUGAUUAAGGAAUCUUUGUUGGCAUUGAAUGAGAAAGCUGGAUCAAGUCCAUAUGCAAUCGCCAAGUACAUGGAAGAGAAACACAAAGAUGUAUUACCAGCAAAUUACAAGAAAAUGUUAGGUGUUCAAUUGAAGAAUUGUGUUGCUAAUCAGAAAUUGAUUAAGAUUAAAGCUUCUUUCAAGCUUUCUGAUGCAUCUAAGAAAGAGAUCAAAGCCAAAGCUGUUGUUCCUAAACCAAAAAGUGUGAAAUCUGUUGCUGCUGCUGAUGACAAGACCAAGAAGAGGAAGAAACCAACAACAUCAUCAUCUAAAAGUGUGAAAUCUGCUGCUGUUGUUGUUCCAAAAUCGAAAACUACUGCCGUCAAGAAAUCCGUAACUACUACUGCUGCACCAAAGAAGAAGAAAAUUGCUGCUCCAGCAAAGAAAGUUGCUCUUGGGAAGAAGACCAAGAAAGCUACUACUCCUGUCAAAGCUAAACAGUCUAAAUCAAUCAAAUCUCCUGCUGCUAAGAGAGCCAAGAAGGCUGGUGCUGCUUAA